AUGCCUGAGCAACUCAAACAAAGCGAGGUCGACAAGGGUCAGGACCCCACCGUUGCGAAGCAAUUCGACAAUGAGACGUUGGCAGGACCGAAGUUUGAGGACUUCUACGCCAUCGCAGAUAAAUUGAAGAUUGCGAUGCUAGGCACGCUGAGAGAGGGGACUGGCCCUGUCGGGAGAUCCAUGGCCGUCAACCGCUCCGGCCCCGACUUCCUCCUCCUCGCGAAUGCGAAUUCGAAAAAGUUCGACGACAUUGAGAAGAACAAGAUUGCCAAUCUCUACUUCCAGGACUCGUCGAAUCAAGAUUGGAUCAGUGUGACGGGAGAAGCGGUUACAAGCAGCAACACCGAUCCCCGGAUCAAGGAGAUUUACAACAAAUACAUCUCCGCAUGGUUUGGUGAUCUCGGAGAUGGCACGCACGACGGCGGCCCCGAUGAUCCGCGUAUGAAGCUGAUUGAGAUUCAGCCGAAGUACAUCUCCUACUGGAAGCACGAAGUCUCCAAGCUCGGGUUCGCAAAGGAGAUUGCUGGUGCAGUCUUGACCGGUGGAGUCGCUGUCACGGGUACGCUGAGACAAAUGAAUGCAGAGGAGAUCCAGGCGGCUCGCGAGCGAGAUGGAAAGCUGAGCACCAAGUGA